AGAAGAAGAAGGAGAACAGUUCCGGGUUGUGUGGGUGUGAGCAAUAAGCAGUAGCAACAGAAGAAGAAGAGUCUGUAGUUGUUGCUUUGUUUUGUGUCAGUAAACGGAUUUAAAAACACUCGGUAAUCUGAUCCUAAUCCAGCAAACAGUGAAGAGACGAGAUGGCGACCACCGUCAGCACUCAGCGAGGACAGGUGUACAUUGGGGAGCUUCCUCAGGAUUUCCUGCGGAUCACUCCCACUCAGCAGCAGCAGCAGGUCCAGUUGGACGCUCAGGCAGCCAGACAGUUGCAGUAUGGAGGCUCCAUCGGCACCGUGGGACGACUCAGCAUCACGGUGGUCCAGGCUAAACUGGCUAAAAACUACGGAAUGACCCGGAUGGACCCGUACUGCAGGAUCCGUUUGGGCUACGCCGUCUACGAGACGCCGACCGCUCACAACGGAGCCAAGAACCCGCGGUGGAACAAAGUGAUCCAGUGCACAGUUCCUCCCGGCGUGGACUCCUUCUACCUGGAGAUCUUUGAUGAGAGGGCGUUCUCCAUGGACGACAGGAUAGCGUGGACGCACGUCACCGUUCCUGAGCGACUGCGGGAGGGCAGCGUGGUGGACGAGUGGUUCAGCCUGAGCGGCCGGCAGGGCGACGACAAGGAGGGCAUGAUCAACCUGGUCCUGUCCUUCGCUUCUCUGCCUGCAGGAAUGAUGCCUCAGCCUGUGGUGCUGAUGCCCUCUGUGUAUCAGCAGGGAGUCGGAUAUGUUCCCAUCACAGGAGUGCCCACAGUCUAUAACCAGGCCAUGGUGCCCAUGGCGGUCCCGGGGGCCCUGCCGGCCGUCGGGGCCCAGGUUCCGGCGUGCAGCGAGGACGACCUGAAGGCUCUGCAGGACAUGUUCCCCAACCUGGACCAGGAAGUGGUUCGUACUGUGCUCGACGCUCAGCAGGGAAACAAGGACGCUGCCAUCAACUCACUGCUGCAGAUGACUGAGGAGCUCUAACCACACACACACACACACACACGCACACACGCACGCGCACACACACAUGCACACACACACACACAUGCACACACGCGCACACACACACACACAUGCACACACACGCACACACACACGCACACGCACACGCACACACGCACACACACACACACACGCACACACACACGCACACACGCGCACACACACACACGCGCACACACACACACACACGCACGCACGCACACUGCAGCCAUGUCUUAAAGUGAUAGUUCCCUUCUUUUUUUUUUAAAGUGUGCUUGUGUGAUGCAUUGACUCAAAAUCAAUGCUGACGUUGCUGUGAGCGCCCCCUGCUGCUGAGAACCAGCCCCACACAGAGUCUCACUCUCACAGUGACAUAAAGAGCAGCAGCUACAAUCACUGGUUUUCUCUGUGGACUUUGGUGUGGGAGAGUGAGUGUGUGUGUGUGUGUGUGUGUGUGUGUGUGUGUGUGUGUGGGGGGGGGGGGGGGAGAGUGAGCGGUUUACAGACGUUUGUCUCACAGUGAGAUAAAGACGUGAUCAUGUGACGUAACUGAAGUUUUCUGUUCAGUGGUUAAAAGGCGUUUUUUCUUGCGUGUCUCAGUGUGGUUCUCAGCAGUAGGGGGCGCUCAUACAGUGACUGAUGGGAGGUGAAGUGUCACAGACAGAUUUGUGUUGUGAUUGUGCAGCAGGCUGUAAAACAACAAGCAGAGCUUUAAAUGUUUCAGUCUGAACUCUGGCCCCGUCAGCGUCGCAGUCUUGUUGUUGUUGUUGUUGUUGUUGUGCUUUUUGCCAAACUUGUCAUCACUGACCAUGAGGUUGUGUCACGUUGUUCACUGCUGUGAAGCGUGUGCAGGUGCUGGCACUGUCUGACAUUUCAACUGCAUUAUUUAAAAGUAUAAAUUCAAAGCUGCUGUCAUUGAAAUCUCGGCUUAUAAUCGAUAUUAAAUCACUAUAUUCUGACGGUUAUCACUGAUCUAUUGCAGUGUGUUUAUUGGGAGAAAUUGAAAAUACUUUGUGUGAUUAUGUUCGUAUUCGUGUGUCAUUGAUUUAAGAUAACGAGUUUGGUGUUUGCAGCCAGAGCAGUAACAAUCAGAGGAAAAUCUUCUCCUGUCCAUUGAAAAUGAAGAGAAAUAAAUGAAUCGUCAAGUACA